AUGCUUGCGCUCCAUAGGUUUCACCUUGCAAAUUUCGCUCCGCUCUCCAAACUUUGCGUGCACUCCGUGUUGUUUGUUUCCUCCAGCUUUGGCAUUGUGACGCUGGUGAUGCUGUCAGGCAGAGGGGCCACGGUCACUGAGAUGAACCCGGGCAGUGAGCUGGACGAAACCGAGUACAACGAGCCAAUCUCCAUCUCCAAAUGGGCAAGCACACUCGUGGCUAGUGGGAAGACAUCACUCCUCAGAGACCCGCGCAUGGAAGCACCAGGUGACAUCAUCGAGCGCCUUGCCCGCCUCGCUGUGAGCUGCACUGCCAUGCCCACUGCCUCCCGCCCCUCCAUGUCCCGAGUGGCUCAAGAGUUGGAGGCACUGAGGGGAGAAGUGGGAGGGGGGGAUGUGAGAGCAAGCGCUGCAGCAAGGGUAGAUGAGAUGCUGGUGGGUCAGCAACCUGUGAGGAGCAUGGAGGAGGAUCUGGCGUUGCUGGAACAACACUAUGCUGGCCAGGGCAAAACCACAGCUAACGUCACAAGUCAUCAGAGGAGCACAGGCUCUAGUGGGAAGGAAGAUUAA